AUGAAUCCGAUCAGGCCAGUCAAGUCGACCAAGAUCCCCGUUCAUCAACGAUACAUACCUCAAAAUCCCAAUGAGCCCCAGAAUAUCGCAUCGUCCGUCAAGGUCAUUCGUGUCAGCGACCAGACAAAGUGGCUUGCGACCAAGAUCCCUGAUGUCGUAGCCAGAGGUCUCAAGGGCGAAACAACAACAACAAAGCUUGCCGACCUGGUCCUUCCCAUAGCCGCUGUACCCAUCUCACUCAUCCUCAACCACCCGAAUAUUAUCUCCCUCGUGGAUAUAGUCCGGAAUGCAAACUUGGAAGGCAGCUCAAAUGAGUCCGUCGGUUCCUACGGCGAUGUCACGGUCUGGGAGGACAUGGAUGGCGGUUCCCUCGCCUAUCUCCUGCCCUCAGCAAGCACCUACCCGCCCUUUCACGACGAGGCAACCUGGCACACUCUCGCCGCCCAGAACUACCGUCGACCAGCUCUCCCGGAAGGGAUUUGCUGGCACGUACUGAGAAGCAUCUCGCGUGCAUUGAUUUGGCUCCAUCACGGCGUCAAGGAGACGGAUGGCAUUCCAGGAGAAUGGGUGCAGCAUGACGACGACUGGCACGCCAUCCUCAUCACGGACGUCAGUCCCGGGCAGAUCUGGUUCAAGAAGCCGGUGGGCGAUGAGUCGUACGGGGAGUGCAAGCUGGGAGGGUUUCAGUGGGCCAAGGUUACUGGGACGGUGGGGGCGACGGUGGCGUUCACGCCGCGGAUCGAGAACGCGCCGCUCGAGAAGCAGUAUUUCUUUGCUCCGGAAAUCUAUAGAAAUACCCACUCUCACACCCGCGCCAGCGAGAUCUGGUCCCUUGGCGCUACCAUCUACACCAUGAUGACUGGCAUCCCGCCACCACGCCACUACGACUAUAACUGGCAGAUCUCGCGCAUGAACGACGGGGCUUACUCCCAGAUCCUAAGAGAUAUCGUCGCAAACAUGUUGAAGCAUCACCCGGCGGAUCGACCGAACACCAUGGCGUUGGUCAAUCGUGUUGAAGACCAAUGGAAGCGGUGGAGAGCAACGACUAAGGAGGGGGCGUAUGUAGUCGAUGUUGUUGAUGAGACUGUCAGGAGGAAUACGAUCGGGGUCACGAGCGGGGGGUUGGUUCUUUAA